AGUGCAGACAGCCCUGCCUCUUUCUGUUCUACGUCACAGCAGAACGGAGCGGAGGGAGCAGGACUACCCCGAUGCUGACAGGAGGAAAGGAGCACUCCAGUCUGCCGGAAGCCGGCUGCUGCUGCUGCAUCUCGUCACUGGACCCCUUGGAUCUCUUAUUGACAUUACAGAGCUCUUUAUUGUUUUCCUCUUCCCCCUCAUUGUGAUCCUGCCAAAACCGAGGAGCUGGAUUGACAAAGACAUAAAGGGAUCCUGCAGCUUCUAACUCUCGAGACCUUUUGGACUAUUCUUCAUCUUUUUGCUGCUUUCAAUCAUUCAGGUGUCAGGAUACAAGCAGAUAUCAGACUGAAUCAAAUGGAUUAAGGACUAGAUCCAGUAAACACUAAACUCCAUUCAAAAGACUACAUCAAAUUAAUUCUGGAGUAGAAUUGAUCUAAAUCAGAUUUAUUGUCAGCUCUUUAACGUGUGUGCAUGUUAUAAGUCAUUUUACUAAUCUUUACUUAAAGAAGCAGAUAUGAUAAAGAUAGACUUUGACUGCAGAAGUUGAGGAUCUGAGCUAUUGACAAAAAUGAUGACCUAUGAGUAAGGAAAUGGUGGUAAUGAUUGGGUUCCCCAGUGAUACUGACUAAUGGAUACCUCAUCGCUGCUGACUCACCACUGGCCCAAAGAUGCCACGCUCUGUUGCCAUCACGUCGGAGUUAAAGCCUUUAACUUAGAUUUUGCCUGGGGGAAAAGACAAUUGAUCGGAACAAAUGGAAAAUGAAGUGACAAUCUCUCACUUGUUUUACUCGAUUUUCACUUUUGAACAUCUGAAGACAUGGCAGGAGCUGAUUACCUUUCUUUUUUCAAUUUUCCUCAGAGGUAAAAAGGGUGAACAUAAGCUCCUUGUUUUACUUGUUCACUGUCACGAUAGAUUGAAGAAAAGCCAUUUCUUUGUAAUCCUUUGAAAGCGAAUCAACUAUGCAUUCACAAAUCCUAUCUUUCCGUUCUUCAAACAUGUGCCCUUGCUCUUUUUAAACCAAGGACACCAACACUGAUUGGUUUCUUCUUCAGCACUCGACCCUGCUCACUUCGCAGGACAGGUGAAACUCAAACCAAGUUUAUGGACACGUCAGAAACCGAUUUUUCCUUUACGCUCGGAUUGCAGAUCCACUUACCAUGGGAUAACUGUACGUUGAACUAAGUGAUUAAGUAACCCCUUGUUCAACAUGGUGGUGACUCACCUGGAGCUGGAGCUACGCUACCAGGGAAAGAAGUUACGUGGCGUGACAUGGAAGUUGACUCGAUCAGAACAUGGGUUCAUACCAGAGAGCUCUUGGCUUAUUGCUGCCCAGGUUAUGGUGCCGUACCUGGUGUCAGGGCUCGGAAUGGUCUCCGCCGGGAUUGUUAUGGAUCUUAUACAACAUUGGGAGGUGUUUAAGGUGAUAACAGAGGUGUUCAUCCUGGUGCCUGCGCUGGUGGGACUCAAAGGAAACCUGGAGAUGACCCUGGCUGCUCGACUCUCCACUGCUGCCAACACAGGCCAAAUGGACGACCCUGAUAAACAAUGGACCAUGGUGUGCAGCAAUCUGGCACUGAUACAGGUUCAGGCGACAGUGGUGGGCUUCCUCGCGGCAGUGGCAGCCGUGUGUUUAGGGUCAUUUUCUAGAGGGGGGAUUGAACUGGACCAGGCAGCUGUUCUCUGUGCUAGCAGCAUCACCACAGCCUUUGUAGCUGCUCUUUCCUUAGGCCUGGUGAUGGUCGGAGUGAUCAUCGGCUCCAGGAAGGUGGGGAUCAACCCCGACAACGUGGCCACCCCCAUCGCUGCCAGUCUGGGUGAUUUAAUCACCCUGUCCCUGCUGGCCGGGGUCAGCAGCACACUCUAUGAAUAUAAAGAUAUAUGGUACCUGUCGCCCAUGGUGAUUCUGGUCUUCCUGGCUCUGAUCCCACUGUGGGUGGUGGUGGCCCGACAGAACCCUCAGAUCAGCGAGGUUCUCCGCUCAGGCUGGCAGCCUGUUAUAGUAGCCAUGUCCAUUAGCAGUUUUGGAGGCCUUAUACUGGACAAGACAGUGAGUGAUCCCAACUUUAAGGGCAUGGCUGUCUUCACGCCCGUCAUUAACGGUGUGGGUGGUAACUUGGUGGCCAUCCAGGCCAGUCGGAUCUCUACCUACCUGCACUUCUGGAGCAUCCCAGGGGUGCUGCCCUACAAGAUGAGGCAGCACUGGCCCAAUCCUUGCAUCACCUUCUUCUCCUCAGGAGUGAACUCCAAGUCAGCGCGGGUGCUUCUGAUGCUAGUUGUCCCCGGUCACCUGGUCUUCCUCUACGCCAUCUCUCUGCUGCAGGGAGAUGAGGUGCCUAUCGGCGUAGCCUUCACAAUCUGCUACCUGUGUGCUGCUCUGCUGCAGGUGGCCAUCCUCCUUUACUUUGCCGACCUCAUCAUCCGUGUGAUGUGGAGACGGAGCCUGGACCCUGACAACUUCUCCAUCCCCUACCUGACUGCCCUGGGGGACCUGCUGGGCACCGGCUUUCUGGCCCUCUGCUUCCGCGGCGUCUCACUGUUUCAGAGCCUCGGCCUCUGAAUGUUUACCCCUGAACUCUUAGCCAGCCACGGUCUCGCUGCACCAUUUUUUUUUUACAUUUACGCAGAGAUGCUUUUAAAUUGGACAAUAAAGCAUUUUCUUACGGUUAUUACCACGCCAGUUCAUACCGAGGAAUCUGUCUGUGUCACUAAUUCAAACCUCGACAAUGACACAGCACCACAGCACAGGUGGCACCCACCCAUUUAAACCCAUCCAUGUGCGUGAAGGGUUUGCUGCAUGAACACGUCCAGCCAAUCUAAUUAUUUGUAUUUGAGGGCAAAAGAAUUUAAAGUAUGUAGACGUUUUAGAUAUCUGUCCCGUCAGUAUAAUGAACUUUGUUUUGUAAUCAUUCCUCUAUAUGUCUUUUAGUUUUCCUGCAUUAACUAAACGUGAGUUUGGUGGCUCUGUGCUCGCCUCGUCUUUUUGGCUUCAUCCGAGAAAUAUUUAGCAACUUCAUAGCAGCGAGACUGAACAGUUUGUCUGUUUGUGGACAUCUGUUUAAAUGUGGAUAGAUCAAACAGACUGUCCAAGCUGUCCAUCAUUGGAUGGCCUGUACUAUGCAUUAAUGCUAGAGGUUGAUGUAUGUUGUACACCAACUGGAAUUUUCAUGGAUGUACAGUAUGUCUAACAUAUGUUAUGUAGAAUGAAUUUAGAUGAAAGGGACUGAUGUAGUUUUCACGCAAAUCAGGUCACAUACCGUUAACACACUGGGGAAUGUUUCUGUAUAUUGUACUUUAUGAAUCUUUUCUUAACAUUUUCUGCAAAUGUAUUUUUUGAGCUAUAGCGUAACAGAAGCAAACAGACAGAAUGGGGUAAUUGGUAUAUUCAUGGCCAAAGGCAAAUGGCAUGGCUGCACAGUGGGAACAGUAUGAUUAGGAGGAAGGCACUAUCAGUAGGUGUGGUGGGAGUUUUAUUUCAGUCACGAGCAAUGGAAUCACCUCUGUUCAGACAGUGUCAUGAUUCCAAAGCACUGUGAAGCCCUGGAAACGUGUCUACACCUCUCACUAUUUGUAUAGAAAUCUCAGCAUUAAAAAAACAAAAAACAAAUUAUUGUGAAUUUUUUUGCCCAACUCAAUGUAAAAAAAAAACACAGCAUUGAUUUGAUGCAGGAGGCUAUAAGUAUUUGUUUUCACUCAUCAGUUCAGGUUUAUGUGUUGACAUCUACUGUAAAGCUGCAGAGGAUCUUGGGUAUUCCCUCACUACUUGAUACUAACAGCCCCUUUAAUGGAAGGUCCACAAAGCCUUACUGUUCAGUAUGACGUUUUAGAACUAUAAAACCUCAUCAUUACAGCAGUGAAUGCAUAUACAUGAACAUGUUACUCUCAAAGGUGUGUUCAGACAGAAAGCAAACCCGAUUUUGGCCUUGUGUCAUUCACACGAAUUUCACCGCUGGAUUCUAAAUUCGGAACUCACCUUUAACUCCAGAUUUUGUAUUAUUUUACCUCCAGUCUCACUCCUUAUUCUUUUCAUCUCUGUACUUUUAUGAAACAAAUUCAUAAAGCCCUGGAAUGCGCUCAUACUUUUUGGUGGAGUUCAUACAUUUUCAACUCACGUUGGUGUAUCUAUUGACUUUGUCUAAAAUUUGAUUCACAUUCUGUCUGAACACACAGUAACACUUGUCAUUCAUUUAACAUUUAAAGUUAUUUAAAAAAAUGCAUUAUUUCAGCUUACACGAACACACAAACUAUUACAAUUAGUAUGAAUAAAAACCUUAAACUGCAAAAGCCACAGUAUUUAGAGAUUAUAAUCUGAAGUACACUGGCUAUCUCUCUAUCGUUGCUAUGUGAGCUUAAAAUAGCAUGUAUAAAUGCACUCAUGAAGUCACAUGCAGCAUUUUUGCAGUUUGCUGUUACUAGUAGUAAUACUUAUUUUAGAGACAAAGCUCGUAAACACUGAAAUCUGAGGCAUUUCUAAAAACAGCCUGUCUUUUCAGUAAUUGAUCUCUUAAGGUAUUUCAGUGUUAAUAGUGCUUUGCUAAAAGCUUUUAUUGUGACACUGUCACACAGUACUUUCUACACUAGAAGGUAAUGAAAUAUAGAUACGUACUAUUUGAAUCACAGUUUAUUUCACUCAAGCUUACUGAAAUAUAUGUGUUAACUGUGAUACUGUGAGAACUAGACCACAGCUAAGGUUGUAUUGUACCAGCACAUACUGUAAUUGUGUCUUAAUCAGUAGGGCUGGACGAUAUAUCAUACAUCUUUAUUAUUAUAAAAUGUCACUGUUAUUAAUAUUUAUUGUGUUGUCUCACUUCUGAUGUUUGUCUUAAUUACAGUCUGACCAGUGAAAGAUUGUAGACUUAUUGGUUGGUUUAAUGUCUGGUUAGCUGUCAUUGGUUUCGGUGGCCGGUGUAAGCCAGAUCAUUUUUUUAUAUUUUUUAUCAUGACUAAAUUUAGGUUGGUUAUAAUAACAGUCAUUCAAAUGAAUAGUUCAGUGUUUUGGGAAGUACGUUUAUUCACUUCAUUGCCAAAACUUAAAUGAGAAUAUUGAUAAAGAGCCGAAGUGAGAGGUUGGUAUCAAUCUUUUUAUCUAAUUCUUGGCAAGAACAUUUCCCAAAAAUGUUGGAACUAUUUCCCUAAAAACUGUGGUUUAUUGUCCAGCCCUAUUAAGUAUUUAAAAGAUUUUAAUAGUAGUCUAAGGUUGCCUUGAAAACAAAGUUAAUGUCAACUGUCUUGUGUAAAAUUUCCUCACCCCUCACCAUGUCGGUCAAACAAUUGUAGCUUUAUUUAAAUGUUGCAACAGUCUUUACUCUUUUGCUGUCUAUUGGCACGACUUUGUACUGUACUUCAAUGUUGACACUGCCACAUUAUGACUUUAGGGGCUUUUAAAAUGCCUUCAUUUUCUAAUCCUGUUGUGUUCACUGUCACCUGAGCUUCCAUGUAUGCUAUGUCUUAUGUGUGCAUUAAGAUGGUGUGGAAGUGUGGAUUCAAAAAUGUGACAAAUGUUUGGUGAGCGUUUAUGUGAUUUUGUGGCUAUGAACAGUUAUAUUUUAAUAAAAACCAACAGUGUAAUAAUGUA